AUGAAGAUGAACCGGCUCUGCCUCUCCACAGCCCUUCUCUUCCUCCUGGUUAUCCUGGUGGACAGCACCCCACUGAAUAUACACCAUGUCCAGGAUGAAGGUCUGGAGACAAGCCAUAGACGGGGACCUGAGAAGCGUUCAACAAAAAAUACGAUUAAAAGUAUCAUCCGUGGUGUGUCUACAGGUGCCAAGAUUGCCAGUGCGGGAUCCGGUUUAAUAAAUGAAGUGAUUAAAGCAAUACGUAAAGGAAAUAAAGGUCACGUGAUAGUUUCCGGAGCAAAAUACAAGAACCAUACAGCAGAGGAGUCCCCAACACUCAAUAUCCAACAAUUAAUACUCAGUGAGAAGAAUAAAGCAGAUUCUAGGCCUGCCUUCUGCCUGGAGCCUAAAGUAGUAGGUCAUGGCAAAGCCUCGAUGCCCAGGUACUUCUACAAUGCCAAGACUGGUCACUGUGAGCUGUUUACAUACAGCGGCCUUGGAAGGAACGAAAACAACUUCCUAACGUUAGAGGACUGCAUAAAGACCUGCGGUCAAGGGGCUGGGUCCCUGUGGUAA